AUGUCCGACAAGCCGCGACGCCCCCCCGGAGACGAUGUCGGAGUCUCGAAUCUUGACGCCGAUGCCAGAAAGCUCGCAGAGAUGGGCUACUCCCAGGAUAUGCACCGCAACUUCUCGGUCCUCUCCCUCCUAGGCGUGGCCUUCUCGCUGGCCAACUCGUGGUUCGGCAUCUCCGCGUCGCUGAUCACCGGGAUCAAUUCUGGCGGAACGGUGCUGAGCAUCUACGGCAUCCCAUGGGUCGCCUUUAUAUCGACAUGCGUCGGCGUCACUCUAUCCGAGUUGGCAUCGGCCAUGCCCAACGCCGGCGGUCAAUACUUCUGGGCCAGCGAACUGGCUCCGAAGAAGUACGCCUCCUUUGCCUCGUAUCUCACCGGAUGGCUGGGGUGGGCCGGAGCAAUCUUCACCAGCGCCAGCGUGGCAUUAAGCCUGGGGUCGGCAGGCGUGGGCAUGUGGAAGCUGACCCAUCCGGAUUUUGAGCUUCACCCGUGGCAUACGGUGGUAGCGUACGAAGUGAUCAACUUUUUCGCCUUCCUGUUCAACUGCGUGGGCAAAGUGCUCCCGACAGUGGCCACAACCACCCUGUAUAUCUCCCUGAUAUCGUUCGCCGUCAUCCUGAUCACGGUGCCCGCCACAGCCCCAACGCACGCGUCGGCCAGAUUUGUAUUUGCCCAUUUCGUCAAUUCGACAGGCUGGCCGUCGGACGGCAUCGCCUUCCUGGUGGGAUUGAUCAAUCCUAACUGGGUAUUUGCGUGUCUCGACUCGGCUACCCAUCUGGCGGAGGAAGUGACACGUCCCGAACGCAGCAUCCCUGUUGCCAUCCUCUGCACCGUGCUGAUCGGAUUCGUCACCUCGUGGUUUUACUGCAUAUCCAUGUUCUUUAGCCUGCGCGACCUCGACCAGAUCUUGGACACUCCGACGGCCGUUCCCAUCCUGGCCCUCUUCUACCAAGCGCUGCAGAACAAGGCGGGCGCCAUUGUCCUCGAGUCUCUGAUUCUCGCCACGGGUAUCGGAUGCCAAAUCGCCAGCCAUACCUGGCAGUCCCGGCUGUGUUGGUCUUUCGCGCGCGAUCGCGGACUGCCGGUGGCCAAGUUCCUGUCGAAGGUGCAUCCGACCUUGGACGUGCCUCUGAAUGCGCACAGCGUCAGCUGCUUCAUUGUGGGCCUGCUGGGGCUUCUGUAUUUGGGGUCGUCGACCGCGUUCAACAGCAUGGUGACGGCGUGCAUCGUGCUGCUGUAUGCCUCGUACGUCGUGCCCAUCGUCUGUCUCCUCUGGCGCGGACGCGAUAACGUCCCGCAUGGGCCGUUUUGGCUUGGCAAGAUCGGCCUGGCCUGCAAUAUUGUGGUCCUGCUGUGGACUCUGUUUUGCCUGGUGAUCUAUUCAUUUCCCUCGGUGUAUCCGGUAUCGGCUGGAGAUAUGAACUACGUAUCUGCGGUGUAUGGCGUGGUGGCGAUCAUCAUCGUGGGCGACUGGGUUCUGCGCGGGCGGCGCUCAUUCCGAGGCCAGACGGAGCGACAUCGCGAGAUCGAGGAGCGCGUGGUACUGUGA